AUGAAGGAAGGCCUCACCGAUGAUCUCCAGCUGGCCCAGCUCGGCCAUGCUCAGUCCUUCGAACGACAAUUCUCCCGAUGGACUAUGCUGGGUCUUGCCUUUGCCAUUCUCAACAGUUGGACCGCACUAGCAGCUUCUUUAUCUCUCGCAUUACCCUCUGGAGGGCCAAUUGCUGUGGUAUGGGGCCUUGUUACCGCUGGUAUCUGCAAUCUCUCGCUGGCGGCAAGUCUGGCGGAAUUUCUGUCGGCCUAUCCCACUGCUGGUGGCCAGUAUCAUUGGGUUGCGAUGAUCAGUCCUCCUCAACUCAAGCGGGGUCUAUCAUGGGUCACUGGCUGGAUCAACCUCACCGGAUGGGUGGCACUCGUUGCCACAAACAGCUCUCUGGCGAGUACCUUGAUCAUCAACAUGAUCUCGCUUUACGAUGACAGCUACAAUUUCAAGCGAUGGCAUCAGUUCCUGAUCUAUCUCGGCAUGACAGCUAUUAGCUUCUUCGUCAAUGCGUUUAUGCAGCGUUUGCUGCCCCACGUCAAUGGAGUUGCACUCACGUGGAGUAUCGGAGGGUUCCUGAUUGUUUCCAUUACCCUCCUGGCAUGUGCAGCACCAGAUUAUGCGACUGGCAGAUAUGUUUUCGCCACGUGGAUCAACGAGACAGGCUGGCCUGACGGCAUUGCGUGGCUUCUCGGCCUUCUGCAGGGCGGGCUUGGCCUCACAGGAUUCGAUGCUGUCGCCCACAUGAUUGAAGAGAUCCCAAAUGCGGCCAUUGAAGGGCCAAAGAUCAUGAUCUAUUGCCAAUUCAUCGGUAUUUCCACGGGAUUCAUCUUUCUGAUAGUCGUUCUAUUCGCCUCGGGUGGGCUCCAGAAUGCCCCAACUAUUAUUGAAUCCUCCGCUGGACCUCUCCUGGAAACGUUCUACCUUGCCACCGACAGCAAAGUUGGGGCGGUGUGCCUUUUGGUGUUCCCACUAGUCUGCUUCGUCUUCGCUGGCAUUGCUGUCAUGACCACGUCCUCUCGCAUGACAUUCGCUUUUGCUCGAGAUGGCGGUCUGCCAGCCUCGGCCAUCUGGUGGAAGGUUCAUGCUGGCCUCGGCGUUCCCAUGAAUGCACUCCUCCUCAACGUCCUGGUCGUGGUUGUCUUCGGAUGUAUCUAUCUCGGCUCGACCGUCGCGUUCAACGCCAUCAUUGCGGCCUCGGUCGUAGCUCUGGGUGUGAGCUACGGCAUCCCUGUGGCUCUGAAUCUGAUCUCUUUCAGACGCAAGCUACCGGAGAGAAGCUUCAGCUUACCGCCAUGGCUUGGAUGGACUGCCAACAUCAUCGGCCUGGUCUACACAAUUGUCACCACCGUUUUGUUUCUGUUUCCACCAGCCUUGCCGGUGAGUGGCUCGACGAUGAACUACUGUGUGGUUGCAUUCGCUAUCAUCCUGGUCAUCUCGACCAUUCAGUGGAUCGUUGACGGUCGAAAGAACUUCGAGGGCCCGCGUAUUACUAUAGAUGCUGGCGUCCAUCGAGAAUCAUUGUCGCAAUAG